AUGGCUGAAAUUGUUGAAGAGCCGGAACCGGAAAUCAGUGAAGUGAUGACUGAAGAAAGAUUCUUCAGUGAACUGACUACGGGUUUUUGCCCACAGUAUGAAGUUGAAAAAACUCUGGUUCAAGAAAUCAUUGAUGUUUCAAAGGAAAUGAAUGAAGAGACUUUGAAAGAAAUAGCAGACAAAGCUCUCAUGGUCAAGCUGCAAGAGAUGCAACUCAAGAGUCAGUGUCUUGAAAAGGAGUCCGAGUCCGAUGGCAAAUCAGAAAAUGUAAAGACCGAGUCUGAUGGCAAAUCAGAAAAUGUAAAGUCUGAGUCCGAUGGCAAAUCAGAAAAUGUGAAGUCCGAAUACGGAGAGAAAUCUGAGUCCGAGUCCGGAGAGAUUGGUAAAACAGGAAGUAAAAAUGAUAAACAAGAAAAUGUUUUUGAAAAAAUUGAUCAAAUUCUUGAAAAACCAUGCGAAAACUGUUUGAAACCAUGCAUGGAUUGUCUUGAAAAAGACAAACAGUUUCAAGAAUUGAAAAAGUUUCACGACAAAUUAAAAUUUGAUUUUAAUGAUGUUAAAGAAUCUUAUGACACUUUGUCACGAUCAAUUAAAGCGAUUCACAAUGAGAGUAUAGAAAAUGAUAAAAUUGUUAAUCUGCUCAAAGCUACGGUCAUGGAUAAGCAAAUUUCGAUUAACAUUCAUUUGGACAAAAUCGCAUCUUUAAAGAAGGAACUUGAACUGAUGCGCAUUGAGACAGAAAGAGUCGACAAAAAGUUGAUCAGUUAUCUUUCAUCUUCAUAUAAGUAUCCAGACGGGGUGGAAGAGGCAUUGAAUCUCAAAUUGAGAACAGAGGAGAAUGAGUUACCAGAAAACAUUGAUGUUGCAUUCUCUCCGUUUGACACCGACAACGAGUCACAAUUGGUUAAAACAUCUGUAGACCAAGUGUUGGAUGAAGAGAGUGGUAACACUUAUUUCGAAACGGUUAAAACUCAUUUUGAGAAUUCCAGUUCAGAUUCUGAAGAUGAUGGAAACUUUCUUGAUAAGUUUAUACCAAAAUCAGAUAAAGUUUUGGAUGAUGAUUCGAUCAUUGUGGUUUACACGAUGACCGGAACUGACAAACUAUAUACUGACUUUGAGUAUCCAAUUCAGAAUGCGAAUCUGGAAAAUGUUGAAAAAGUUUUUAAACUCGUGGAAAUUGAUAUCUCAGAAGUCAACAACAAUUCGUUUCUAUCAAAACCGAAAAAAUCUUUUGUUAACAACCCCGGAAAGAAAAAUGAAAGGGUGGGUAACAUUGCUAACAAGAGACAUGAAGUCGAAAAAGAUUAUAUCUUUAGUAAGCAAGCAGUUAACGAUUUUAUUGCGGCGAAAAAGAUAAGAGACGAGGCCAACAGAUCCACUUUUGUUGAAUAUGACAAAAGAAUCUGUUAUCGCUACAAUGAAAUCGGUCACAUGGCAAAAAAAUGUGUCAAAAAGAUGAUAAAACCAAUUUUCCAUAAACCAAAUCCAAAAAUUUCAAAGGAUGUUAAGGGAAAAUCACCGAUGGGGCUUCCGAGGUCUAUCAUUUCUAAAUGGAUAAUGGAUAGCGGCGCCUCAAGGCACAUGACAGGGAUGUUAGCACUACUCUACGACGUCAAAUCAAUCAAUGGAGGUUAUGUCGAGUUUGCUGGAACUCAAGGUGGAAGAAUUUUUGGUGAAGGAAUACUUACAAACGGGGUCGUAUCAUUUGAUAAAGUGAAUUACAUUGCUGAGUUAGAAAACAAUCUGUUGAGCAUCUCUCAGAUUUGUGAUAAGUCGUUUACAGUUCAUUUCACAAAAGAUGAAUGUCUGAUGGUUUAA